AUGAACAGACUCAUUAGAACCGUACGAGGGAUUUAUGGUUUAGAAUCAGAUUCGGUGUGGAUUGGACAGUAUGACGAUCUAAACAGCUGGAGAUGGUCUCUAGGAAACACAGAGUUAGGAGGAGGUUUUGAAAGCUGGAAUGUCGAGGAACAAAGAAACCCAUAUGGACAGAGUCUCUGUGUGUCCGUGUCAUAUGAGGGAAUAUGGCAAGAAACCUUCUGCUCAGCUAAAACCUCCUUUAUUUGUUAUGAUGGAAGACAGAAUGCCAGUGUCAGUUAUGUGCAUGUUAAAGACACCAAAAACUGGAAGGAAGCUCAAAAUUACUGCAGAGAACAUCACACAGACCUUAACUAGAUCUUGGUCUGAUCAGAGUAACUCUACAUUCAGUAACUGGAGGUCAGGAGAGCCGAAUAAUGCUGGAGGCAGUGAACACUGCACUGCUGUGUCAUUCAGUGAUGCUGGAGAAUGGACGGAUGAAAAUUGCUUUUAUCAAUUAUAUUUCAUUUGUCACAGUGGGUCCUCUUUGGCAUCAUCCCAUCAGUAUCACUUUAUAUCAGAGUCUAAGAGCUGGUCUGAAGCUCAGACAUACUGCAGACAGAAUUACAUUGAUCUGGCCACCAUUGAUAACAUGACAGAGAUGAACAGUGUUAUGAACACAGUUAAUAUGAGUUACGAUGGUUUAGCCUGGAUUGGACAGUAUGAUGAUGUCAACAGCUGGAGAUGGUCACUGGAUCAUGAUGACUUCUAUCUGAAAGGAGAGAGAAAUUUCAGAAACUGGAAUCAUCAACCAGACAACAGCGAUGGAAAUGAACUGUGUGUUUAUAUGAAUGUAAUUGAUGGAAGCUGGUUUGAUGUCUCAUGUGACAUAUACUUAAUGUUUGUUUGUUUUGAUGGCAGAGAGAAUGCCUCUCAGAAGUAUGUUCGUGUAUAUCACAGAAAGACCUGGAGUGAAGCUCAGACGCACUGCAGGGAGUUUUACACAGAUCUGGCCAGUGUGACAAAUAAAACAGAGCGUCAACUGAUACUGAGGAUGUUCGUUGAAAUUACAGAGGAAAAUGAUGAAGAUAAAGUGUGGAUUGGUCUACACAGGAUGAAACUGUGGUCAGAUCAAAGCAAUUCUUCAUUCACACACUUGGUGUCAUGGAUUUAUCCAGAACCAGAUAAUGGUUUAAGCAUUCCUGGUCUGACCGGUUCUCAACACUGCACAGCUGUGUCUUUAAAAUAUUUUGGUCACUGGACAGAUGAGAGCUGCUUUGACCAAUUGCCUUUCUUCUGCUACAGGGGUGAGAUCAUCUACCUUCUAUAUAAUGAAAUAAACAAGUAA